UCGACUUGACGCAGCUCCCCCUGCAAGGUUCAGUGACUGGAGACAUCUGCAGCUGCAGCUACAAGAAGGCUUCGGCGUGAAGCGGAAGGGAACGCACCUCCUUUGGGCUGAAACUACGGUCUGAUGGAUGAUGAUGGCUCGAGGCGGUGCAUGCGGACAAUAUGCGGGGGGAAAUUUCACACGGAGCGGACUGACUGCACGCGCUUGUUUGUUUGAAUGAAGAUGACACACAUGCGGCUCUACAGUGUAGUGACAGCGCAUUACAACCUUUGUCUGUGGUCUCUCUUUCUCAUUUACACACACACACACACACGUCAUGUGACCAAGACAGCAGCUGGUAUUCUCAUUCCCUGUAUGUUAAUGUGUUUGCCCCCUCUAGUGUUCGACAUUUUAACGUGCAGGAUUGUAACCCAGCACACAUGUGACAGCCCUCUUUAAUAAAUGCAUACAUAAAUUAUAAUGAGUUGGUAUCAGGGGUCCGCUCGCUGGUCAGUCAAUAGCAACAUUAAUAGAUGUGUAUGGGAUUAACCGCUGAAUUAGUCCCAGUGUUUAGUGAUGCAGGAGGCUGACUGGGAGCAGAAACAGGAUUAGUGACUGCAUGGCCUUGGCUCAGGCAUCACACACAUUCCUUACAUUAAUAGAAACCCAUAACUGGUUCAAUUGUCAGCAAAAUGCUUUGAACUAUUGCUGUAUCCUCUAGGCUUCUUAAGGGCUUAGGCUUCACUUAAGGCCUCAGUGCAUACAGCUGACAUUUACUUGUUAUGGACAAUGAGAGAAAACAUCUCCUGUGUUGUCAUUGUUUCAGGUGCCUCGUCGUCAAUACAUUUCAUUUUACUUUACAGGAUUGUAACUGCAAAUUUGUGGACACUCCCCUGGGCUCUUUCAUGCUGUUCCACAUUGCUAAGUCUUUGAUCGGGUUGUGUAUUCAAAAGAUGAAUGCCCAAAUUGAUGGAUUCAUAAAAGGCUCCUGGAUUUGAGGCUUCCAGACGUCACCGGGCUCCUAAGUUAAGUCUGAGGGGCUGCAUGGUGACCCUUCUUACGGGACACUCACGUGCCAAAUCCAGUAGUUGCCAGCCAGCUCAUUUCCCUAAAACUGCACAAGCACAAUGGCUGCUCCUCUGGCAGAGGUAUGAGAUGUGAUUUCCUUGAUGCACAAAACAGACCACGGUGACUGAGGAGGUGUUGGAUAGUUGCUGGCUCGGCCACAGUGAUAGAUGUUCAUUCAGUUCCAAAUCAGUCCCCAAGCCAAGACUGAGGAGCUCAUCUCCGGCUUCGAUGCACUUAGAGACUGAAUCAAUUCACUUCACCCAGACCAACACGCUCUCGUGUGUCUAUUUAAAGAAGCAAUUAAUGUAAAAGAAAAAGACCUGCACGUGCCAAGAAGAACAUCUGAUUCUGGUCUCUCGCAACCAACAGGCUGAUUUAUAACUUCCUCUCUCGGUUUGAUUUGCAGCUGUCAGAGUGAUGUAGGGUUAUUGGCCUCGCCUACAACGCCAGAUCCCCGUAUUUCAUUCAGACGCCCUAUGGUCCACGUGUAAAGGUGGCCUAUUGACGAAAGACGCGACGUGUGGUUAUUGAUUUAGUAGACGAGAGGCUGACUGGCCCCUCCUCCUGGCCCCUGGAAGGAUAAAUAUAUUGACGGGAUGGACCCAAGGCUGUGGAUUGCUCGCCUUGCUUCAGGGAGAAUUCGGACCUAGUUUGGGACCAUACAACGAGUAUGAUGGAUAGGGUUACAGUUGUGAACUGCUGCUUAGGACUCCUGAGUUUGUUACUACUGCAGGGAGUGCUAAAUGUGGAGGGAAGGAGCAUAUUUAACCCUGGAAACAGUGUUUUUAAUCCAAGAGAAGACACAGAUGUCCAGAGCAAGAUUCUAGCACUGUUACUCCACAAGAGCUUAGCUCCUGUUGAAAAGGACGAUCCUCUAGGUGUCGAGCUGGCCAAUAAAUUAGCUGAAUUAGAAGAGCUGCGGGCGCUCAGGGAGGACCUGCAGCUGGAGAGGGAGAUCACAGCCAAUCUGGCAGAAGGCAAAUCCAUAACAAGGAAGAGGGGUGAACCUUGCUUCUGGAAGUACUGUGUCUGAUGCCAGGAGGAGCACUGUGAAAAUCUUGCUGCAAAGCCCGACAUAGCCUUAAGACUCCACACACCAGUAAUAUAAUCACACUGUAUUUAUCCCAGCAAUAUAGAGUUGUUCCAUGAUCGAAGUCAUCAGUAAACGCGUCCACUGCACCGAGGUGCUCGCUGUACAUCUUUAAUCUGUAAAUAAUCAGCCACUCACUGGAAAUACUUGAUGGUCUCAUGUGACAAAAUGUACUUGACUGCAAAGACAUAUUAUUAUUUUUAGCAGGGAUUUAUUUAUUUUUUUGCCUACUGCUUGUUUAUGUCUCUCUCUUGUGGCAAAAUUGGGCACAACAUUUUUUUGUACCACUGCCAACAAACAUCACGCCUGUCACUGCUGC